AUGGCCGUGGUGGACAGCCGGUACAAAUUUGUACUAAUUGACGUGGGAGCUGAGGGCCGGCAAAGUGACCCAGGGGUCCUUAAGGCAUCAGCCAUUGGACAUCACAUGGAGUCCGGGAGCCUGGAUCUGCCUGGAAUGUCGCUACUGCCCGGCACGAGAAUUGCAGCUCCCCACGUUUUCAUCGGGGAUGAGGCGUUCCAGCUGCGACCAGAUUUUUUGAGACCCUAUCCUGCUCGUGAGCUCACCAGCGAAAAAAGGAUUUUCAACUUCAGACUCAGCAGUGCAAGGAACUGCGUUGAAAAUGCCUUCGGUAUUCUGGCUGCACGUUGGCGGAUAUUGCUGCAGACAAUGAACCUUGACCCUGGACAUGCGGAAAAUGUUGUGAAAGCAACCUGCAUUCUCCACAACUUCCUCAUGGAGCAUUUUCAACUUCCUGAGGCAUAUGGAGAUGAGGUCGACUGCUUGGGGAAUGUUGCAGAUGGAACUUGGCGCACCGAAGUGCAAGGCAUCCAACUCGACUCUUUGGCCCCGACACAUGCGCGCAACCACAGCCGAACUGCCGUCGUCUGCAGGGAAACCUUUACGAAAUACUUUUGCAGUCGUGCUGGUGCAGUGACGUACCAGUGGGCAAAAGCCGGUUGCAGUGCCCCAGAUUGGAGCAGCUAG